UAUUAGGUAGGCUGAUUUUGGCCGUUUUGGUCGCUUUUAUGGCAACAUAAGUUUAAUGAUGUGGAAGAUAUGGAGAUGCUACUCAUCGACUUCGAUUUCUUCAUUUAAUUGGCGACGAGUUUUAAAAAGCAAACUUUUGGGCAGAAACUAUAAUAUAGCAGCAUGUAUGCCAGAGGCAGCUGGAUUUUUAGGUGUAAACGAUCAUACGGGACUGCACGAGUUUUCUGUCAUCGAAUGUGACAGGUUUUGGGGCGCAGUGGCGCGUCAACGGCUAUCCUGGAUAAGUCCCUUUUCCUCCGUUCAGAACUGUGAUUUGACUCAAGGCAAUAUAAAGUGGUUUGAGGGGGGUAAGAUAAAUGUAUCUGUAAACUGCUUGGACCGACAUGUACACACCUGCCCAGAAAGAGUUGCCCUGAUCUGGGAGAGAGACGAACCAGGGUCCGAGGUCAAGGUUACCUACAGACAGCUGUUGGACCUGACAUGUCGCCUGGCCAACUUGUUGAAGAGGCAAGGGGUGCGUCGGGGGGACUGUGUCACCCUCUAUAUGCCCCCCUGCCCCCUGGCAGUGGCCUCCAUGCUGGCCUGUGCCCGUAUCGGUGCUGCCCACAAUGUGGUGUUUGCAGGUUUCAGUGCCGAGGCCUUGGCUGAUCGAAUCAGAGAUGCCCAGUCUAGCACAGUCAUCACGGUCAACCAGGGAGUAAGAGGCGGCAAAGUCACAGACUUGAAGAAGACUGUGGAUGCAGCCGUCCAAAACUGCCCCUCGGUCCGGCAGGUGCUUGUUGCCAUGAGAACAGAGAACCCAGUCAUCAUGACGGAUAGAGACAUCCCCCUGGAGGAGGAGAUGAUGAAGGAGGAUGUGGUGUGUGAGCCUGUCGCCCUGGACAGUGAGGAAGUGCUGUUCCUGCUGUACACAUCUGGAAGCACAGGGAAGCCCAAGGGCCUGGUCCACACCCAGGCUGGGUACCUGCUAUACGCCUCACUCACGCACAGGUAUGUCUUCAACCACCACGAGGGAGAUGUGUUUGGCUGUGUGGCAGAUAUUGGCUGGAUAACAGGGCACAGUUAUGUCGUCUAUGGGCCUCUCUCCAACGGAGGAACCACGGUCCUGUUUGAAAGCACACCAGUAUACCCGGACCCAGGGAGAUACUGGGAGAUGGUUCAGAGACUCAAGGUCAACCAGUUUUACGGCGCCCCCACAGCUAUCCGCCUGCUGUUGAAGUACAGGGAUGAAUGGGUACAGAAAUACGACCGCUCCUCGCUCAAAACCCUGGGCUCUGUGGGAGAGCCAAUCAACAGCGAGGCUUGGGACUGGUACCACCGCGUGGUAGGGGACGGCCGAUGCCCUGUAGUGGACACCUGGUGGCAGACAGAGACAGGAGGGAUCUGCAUCUCUCCUAGACCUUCAGACCCGGAUGCAGAGAUCGUUCCGGGCAUGGCCAUGCGGCCCUUCUUCGGGAUCAAGCCGGCGCUCAUGGAUAGCGAGGGUAAGGUGAUCAGUGCCAACGAUGCAUCAGGAGCACUGUGUAUGAGUCAGGCUUGGCCUGGCAUGGCUCGCACCAUCCACAACGACCACCAGAGAUUCACCCAGACCUACUGCCAGCCCUACCCAGGUUACUUCUUCACCGGUGACGGCGCUUACCGCUCCAAGGAGGGAUACUAUCAGAUCAUUGGUCGUCUUGAUGAUGUCAUCAACGUGAGCGGCCACAGGAUAGGGACUGCUGAACUGGAGGAUGUUGUGAACCAGUGCCCUGGAGUAGCUGAGUCUGCAGUCAUUGGUCACUCCCAUGACAUAAAAGGUCAAGGGGUGUAUGCGUUUGUGGUUCUGAAGCAAGGAGUCGAGGUCCAAGAGGCGCUUCUUGCUCUGCAAAUCACAGAGAUUGUUUCCAGGAGUAUAGCCAAGUAUGCCUGUCCAGACUUCAUCCAGGUGGUGAAGCGCUUGCCAAAGACGUGUUCAGGGAAGAUCAUGCGUCGGGUGCUGAGGAGUGUGGUGGAGCAGGAGACAGACAAGCUGGGUGACCUCAGCACACUGGACGACCCCACGGCCGUCCAGGAGGUCAUCCAGGGUCACGAGCGUCUCCGUGGAAACAGAGAACAGCAGAAGUAGCGUGCCAUUUUCUGUUUUUUCUCUCAGUGCAUAAAUGAAGCAUUCCACAAAACUAGAUGGAAGAGGAACACAUUUGUGGAAAAUGUUUUGAUUUACACUACAUUUAGAGCUCUAUUGCCUGUACUGUACUUACAUUUGUAUGCCUUACGGUAAUUAGUAUGCAUGUAGUAUGUUACCAGUCUCCAUAUAAGUAAUUACUGCGAAAAGCAUUGUGCAUUAUCAUAAUGUUGCUUCAUGCAUGCAUAAACAUGUAUUUUCUUUAUCAUGUGUGUAAUAAAAGCCCAACACA